AAGGAGAGGAAAGUCAUUUUUGACAGCUCAAAAGCAGACAAAGAGGAAAUGAAAAUCAACAUUCCUUUGAGGCAAUCAUGCCCUCAUGCUGCUCGGAUCCCUGGCUUCCCAUCUGCACCACAACCCAAUAGGUUGAGUCUUGUUCCCAUGUUCCCUAACGUUUCCAGCCUACCGGGUCUCGCAUCCACUGAGGGGGUUACAGCGUUAGAGUGGUUUGUUGACCCCAAGCCUAUGUUUGACCAUAAGGAAGACGUUUUUCCAAAAGACGGAUCACAGCAAGACAAAAUGAAAGCAAUAUUUGCUUUGAUGCCAUCUUGUCCUGAAGGAUCUAUGAAUCCAGGCUUUCCCUCUGUACCUGCGAAGAAGUUUGCAGACACACCAAGCAUGAUCAGUCUUCUGCAGACUUGCCCUAAAGUUUCUAAAGUUUCUGGCUUACCUUCAAGACUUCCUAUCAAUUCAGAUGAAGAUGGCUGGUGUGCAGGCAAGAGGCCACUGUGGGAGAGGCCAUUAAAUAAUAGAGGCACACUAUCCUUUUGUCCAGUGCAAACAUUAUCAUUCAAAGAGAGAGCGAUGAUUACAAUUAUGGUGUCUAUGUUACCACCUUGCCCAAUAAAAGCCACCAUUCCAGGCUUUCCCUCAUCGUCACGGCACAAGUCGGAUAGGGCUCAUGUUAAGGUGAUCCCAAGCAUGGUAUGUCUAUGGCCCACCUGCCCGAAAUAUUCAAGGGCUUCAGGUUUCCCCUCAAGACGUCCAUCCAAGGCAGGACAUGAUGGCUGGCAUGUUGACUGGGAGACAUUGUGGGUUACAUCUUUGAGGAAAGGAGAGGGACUUAAUCUCCAGAUUUCUCCAGUUGACGAUAUGUCUUUCAGAGACAGAGAAAUAAUGACAAGUAUGGUACCAUCAUGCCCAGCCAAAGCCACCCUUCCUGGCUUCCCAUCGGCUCCACAAGCCAAAGCCUCUCACGUUGAAGUAGAAAAAGAGCCAUGCACGACUUCCCUUUUCCCAUCUUGUCCGGAAGUGUCUCGUAUCAUUGGUUUUCCUUCAAGACAAUUGAUCAUGUUGGAUGAUGGUUAUGUAGAGGGCUGGCCGAUGGUCAAGAGUGUAGUCUGGGAGAAAUCACAGACGAGGGUUGCUAAUACUCUGGAAUGCUCUCCAUUUGAGGGAGACUGUUGUUACAGAGACAAAGUCAUGAUAAAGGCAAUGUUAUCUCUUAUACCAUCAUGUCCAUGUUUUGCUUUGAAUCCAGGUUUCCCAUCUCUUCAGACUUGUCCAUCUGAGGAAAUGUCAUUUAGAGACAGAGAAAUAUUGACAAGUAUUGUGCUGUCAUGCCCAGCAGAAGCCACCCUUACUAACUUCCCAUCGGGUCCACGAGCAAAAGAUGCUCAUGUUGAAGCCGAGAAAAAGCCAUGCAUGACUAAUCUUUCCCCAUCUUGCCCGGAAGUUUCUAGUAUAAUUGGUUUCCCUUCAAGACAGUCAGUCACGUCUGAUCACGCUUAUGUAGAGGGCUGGCCAACAGUCAAGAGUGUACUCUGGGAGACACCACCAACGAGGGUUGCUAAUACUCUGGAGACUCUGGAAUGCUCUCCAUUUGAGGGAGACUGUUGUUACAGAGACACACGCAUGACGAGGCUCUCUGUGACUGUACUUUCAUCACCAGUUAUGAGUAGAUUAAAAGAUGACAAAGAGUUUGACAGACAUAUGAUGGCCCUGGAGCCAACAUGUCCAGAAGAAGCCAAAAUACCUGGUUUUCCCUCUGCCCCAAGACCCAAGACAAAGCAAUACAUCACUGCUACAGAUAAAUCAUCAUGCUCCAAUGUUGCCAAAGUCUCUGGCUUUCCCUCUUUACAACCAGAGAAAGUAGAUAAGGUUUUAGUAGAGAACUGGGCUGUAGAAGAUGGACCAUUAUGGCAGCAAACACAGAAAGAGAUUCCAGCUAUUGGAGUCAGUAGAUCAGAUGAUGCCAAAGGAAUGGCAGCUAUGCUACUAUCUUGCCCAAAAGACGCUAGUAUACAUGGCUUUCCAUCAGCACCAUGGCCUAUAGAAGAACAAGAGCCAAACAUGCCCAGUCUUUUGUUAACUUGCCCAAUGGUUACACAUGUCCAAGGGAUUCCAUCCACAAAGACGCAAAAUCAAGAGGAUCCUCCAAUUCAUCAGUGUCCUGUGGAGGAGAAGCCAUUUUUGGAAAAGUCACUGAAAGAGAAAACAGUGCCGUCUCUGGCUCCCACUCAUGAUGAAUUAGAGAAGGGAAUGGUGUCUAUGUUGCCAUCUUGCCCAAGUGAGGCCAUUGACCCUGGCUUUCCAUCGACACGUUGUCAAACGCCUCUCGACAGUGAUUCGUCUAUAAGUCAACAGUCAAGUCGAGGUGAAAGGAUGGAAUGGGCAGAGGAGAUAUAUGACUGCAAGGAGGGCCACACAGAGCAUAGCCACAAACCCAAACGAAUCGAAUCAGUGGUGAAUGAGAACAAACAAGAAUUUAAACAUGGCUCAGUUUUGGAGAGGCUCAAGGAAGAGGGUGUCAUUCAGACCAGAUAUGAGGCGCAAGAAGUGGGCAUUCUAGAAAGAGGACACUUGCACUGCCGAAUGUGGCACUCCAUUCCUACAGACAUGCCAUUGUUCUUGACUGUCAGAGAGAGCCCUUCGUGUCAGUCUCCCGCUCAAGGGGGACAGCCAUUACCGUAUAGGAUGGGAGCAGCUGUUGACAAUGAGCCAAAAGACAUUUCACAAAGCCAGAUGGCGUGUGAGGUUGUGGCACGAGUAGAGUAUCAAGUUGUAGAAGACCUGGACAUGAUAUGUGAGGAAGAAGCGGUAGAUGAAGUCUCAGAGUCAGUCUCUGGAAUAGAGCAUUCUGGGAAGGAAGAGGUUACUGUGGCUAGGCAGGUGAAAGUUUAUGAGAUGCGACCUCAAAAUAUGGCUUCAUCAUCACCAAGAGUUGCCAGUGCACCAGGGUUUCCAUCCACUCAAGCAUCCUUUUCAGAAGCUCAAUUGGAAGACUGCCCAGUGGACACGAGCAUAUUAUGGGAGAAACCAACAAAGGACGGUCCACAGCUAGCCAUGGAUAGAUCAAAAGAGGAGAGAGACAUGGUGAGACUUAUGGCAGAUAUAGUCCCAUCUUGCCCAAGAACUGCCAGCAUUCCAGGCUUCCCGUCUACACACCUGUCCAAAGAAGUCGAGGUAGAGAGGGAACCUAACAUGGCAGAUCUAAUGCCAAGAGUGGCUGGCACACUCACAUUCCCUUCUCUUGAAAGUCAGGUAGAGGAGUGUACAGUCAACACUGAGGCAAUUUGUGAGAAGACAGUGAAGGGGAAAGAAGGGGUGACCAUUAGGUCCAGUCCACAUUUGGACAGAUUACAAGAAGAGCUAAUGAAACACAUGGUGACUGUGGAGCUAUCGUGCCCUACUGCAGAAAGUAUUCCCGGCUUCCCCUCUGCACCACACCCCAAAGCUGAGGUAGAUCUAAGUAUGUUGAGUCUUGUGCCCGCUUGUCCUAAAGUAUCCAGUCUCCCGGGUUUCGCAUCCACUGAGGGGGCUGCAACAUUAGAGUGGCUUGUUGACCCUAAGCAUAUGUUUGAGCACUUGGAGAAAAAGAAGAAGAAAGAAGAAGAAACUCGUUUUCCAAAGGACACAUCAAAAGAAGACAGUGAAAAAAGGAAAGCAAUGGUUGCUUUGAUGCCAUGUUGCCCAAAACCAUCCCUGAUUCCUGGUUUCCCCUCUGCACCACAUCCAGAAGCUGAAGUGGGGACAAGUAGUGUGAAUCUUGUUCCCUCCUGCCCUAAAGUUUCUAGUCUCCCUGGUUUUCCAUCCAUUGAGAAGGAUAGGGAAGCAGGGUGGGUUGUUGAUCAGAGCUCAUUGUUCAAGAUACCGUUAAAGGAUAGGAAAGUCAUUAUUGACAGCUUAAAGGUAGACAAAGAAGAAAUUAAAACCAACUUUUCAAUGUGGCCUUCGUGUCCUGACGCUGCAAGGAUCCCUGGCUUCCCGUCUGCACCACAACCCAAUAUGUUGAGUCUUCCCACUUUCCCUGAAGUUUCCUGUCUCCCUGGUUUCACAUCUACUGAGGGGAUUACAACAUUAAAGUGGCUUGUUGACACCAAGCCUAUGUUUGAGCACUUGCAGAAGAGUAAGAAAGAAGAAGUUUUUCCAAAAGACAAAUUUAGGAAGGAAGACAUUGAAAAAAUGAAAGCAAAGGUUGCAUUGGUGCCAUGUUGCCCAGAAGCAUCCAUGAUUCCUGGCUUCCCCUCUGUACCGCAACCCCAAGAGAUAUAUUUUGAGCCAACUAUACUCAGCUUUCUUUCAUUGUGUCCAAAAGUCUCCAGUAUUGCAGGUUUCCCAUCUCGUCAGCAAACUGACAGAAAAGAUUGGCACACAGAUCUGCCCCAGGAUCAUCAGCCAUUUUGGGAGAAGCAAAUGAAGGUGAACCCAGUUUUGAAAAUGGAAAGGUCAGAAAAAGAACAAGCCGAGACGAAAGGAAUGGUGGCUCUCGUACCAUCUUGUCCCAAAGUGGCUCGGACUCCUGGUUUCCCAUCUGUAUCACAACCCAAAGAGGUAUAUUAUGGGCCAAGUAUUGUCAGUCUAUCAUGUCCAAAAGUCUCUAGUAUUGCAGGUUUCCCAUCCCAUCAGCAAACUGACAGAAAAGAUUGGCACACAGAUCAGCCUGAGUAUCAUCAGCCAUUAUGGGAGAAGCAAAUGAAGAAGAAGAUGAUGUUAUUGAUGGAAAUAUCAGAAAAACAGAAACAAGAUAUGAAUGAAAUGUUGGCUCUGGUACCAUCUUGUCCGAAAGUGGCUCGUAUCCCUGGUUUCCCAUCUGUACCACAACCCAAAGAGGUCUAUUAUGGGCCAAGUAUGAUCCGUCUAUCAUGUCCAAAAGUCUCCCGUAUUGCCGGUUUCCCAUCCCGUCAGCAAACUGACAGAAAAGAUUGGCACACAGAUCAGCCUGAGUAUCAUCAGCCAUUAUGGGAGAAGCAAAUGAAGAAGAAGAUGAUGUUAUUGAUGGAAAUAUCAGAAAAACAGAAACAAGAUAUGAAUGAAAUGUUGGCUCUGGUACCAUCUUGUCCGAAAGUGGCUCGUAUCCCUGGUUUCCCAUCUGUACCACAACCCAAAGAGGUCUAUUAUGGGCCAAGUAUGAUCCGUCUAUCAUGUCCAAAAGUCUCCCGUAUUGCCGGUUUCCCAUCCCGUCAGCAAACUGACAGAAAAGAUUGGCACACAGAUCAGCCUGAGUAUCAUCAGCCAUUAUGGGAGAACCAAAUGAAGAAGAAGAUGAUGUUAUUGAUGGAAAUAUCAGAAAAACAGAAACAAGAUAUGAAUGAAAUGUUGGCUCUGGUACCAUCUUGUCCGAAAGUGGCUCGUAUCCCUGGUUUCCCAUCUGUACCACAACCCAAAGAGGUCUAUUAUGGGCCAAGUAUGAUCCGUCUAUCAUGUCCAAAAGUCUCCCGUAUUGCCGGUUUCCCAUCCCGUCAGCAAACUGACAGAAAAGAUUGGCACACAGAUCAGCCUGAGUAUCAUCAGCCAUUAUGGGAGAAGCACAUGAAGAAGAAGAUGAUGUUAUUGAUGGAAAUAUCAGAACAACAGAAACAAGAUAUGAAUGAAAUGUUGGCUCUGGUACCAUCUUGUCCGAAAGUGGCUCGUAUCCCUGGUUUCCCAUCUGUACCACAACCCAAAGAGGUCUAUUAUGGGCCAAGUAUGAUCGGUCUAUCAUGUCCAAAAGUCUCCCGUAUUGCCGGUUUCCCAUCCCGUCAGCAAACUGACAGAAAAGAUUGGCACACAGAUCAGCCUGAGGAUCAUCAGCCAUUAUGGGAGAAGCAAAUGAAGGUGAAGCCUGUUGUUAUAAUGGAAAGAUCAGAAAUAGACAAAGAAAGUAUGAAAGGAAUAGUGGCUCUAGUUCCAUCCUGUCCAAAAAUGUCUCUGGUGCCUGGUUUCCCAUCUGUACCACAACCCAAAGAGGUCUAUUAUGGGCCAAGUAUUGUCAACCUUCUGCCAUUGUGUCCAAAAGUCUCCAGUAUUGCAGGUUUCCCAUCCCGUCAGCGAACUGACAAACAUUAUUGGCACACAGAUCUGCAUGAGGAUCAUCAGCCAUUAUGGGAGAAGCACAUGGAGGUGAAGCCAGUUGUGAUAACGGAAAGAUCAGAAAUAGAUAAAGCCGAGAUGAAAGGAAUAGUAUCUCUGGUACCAUCUUGUCCGAAAGUGGCUCGUACCCCUGGUUUCCCAUCUGUACCACAACCCAAAGAGGUAUAUUAUGGACCAAGUAUCAUCUGUCUUUCAUGUCCAAAUGUCUCCAGUAUUGCAGGUUUCCCAUCCAAACAGCAAACUGAAGGAAAAGAUUGGCACACAGCUCCACCCAAGGAGCAUCAACUAUUAUGGGAGAAGCAAAUGAAGAAGCUGAUUUUGUUAAUGGAAAUAUCAGAAAAAGACAAACAAGAAAUGAAAGGAAUGGUGGAUCUGGUACCAUCAUGCCCUACUGCAGCAAGUAUUCCUGGUUUCCCCUCUGCACCACAUCCCAAAGCUGAGGUAGAUAUAAGUAUGUUGAGUCUUAUGCCCACUUUCCCUAACGUUUCCAGUCUCCCUGGUUUUGCAUCCACUGAGGGGGCUAAAGAAGACAUUGACAAAACAAGAGCAAUGGUUGCUUUGGUGCCAUGUUGCACAGAAACAGACGGGAUUCCUAGCUUCCCCUCUGCACCACAACCUAAGAAGGAAGUAAAUAGUGUGGAUUUCACACAAUCGUGCCCCAAAAUCUCCAGUCUACCAGGUUUGCCAACUACGGCCAAAGUCCCAACAGGAAAUUCGCAGGUUGAACAGAAGCAUCUGUUUGAGAAGACACUGAAAGAUGAGACCAUAAGAAUCCAAGAUAGGUCAGCAGAAUUCAAAGGAAAUAUGAAAAAUAUAGUGGCACGUGAGAGUCUCACUCCUGGGUUCCUGUCCUUACCACAACCUAAAGCAAUGGAAGAACAAACCAUGUCUGCUCUACACCCAUCUUGUACAAAUGAAUCUACAGUAGCUGGAUUACCUUCUAGACAGCCAAUUGAAUUAGCUCUGGCUCGGGGAGAAGAAUCUGUGAGUUCUAUGCAGCCAUUGUAUGAAAAACCCUUGAAGGAUAGGUCAGAGGAUACUGUACUUUCCAAGCCUGACCUAGGCAGUGCAGUUGGAGAUGAAGGCCUUAAAACUAUGGUUGCACUGGCACCAUCUUGCCCCGAGGCAGCAAGCGUUCCUGGUUUUCCAUCUGUGCCCCCUCACAGUCCAGAGUCUGUAGAGGCACAUGAGACAGAUAUGCAGACAAAGGAGAAAGAGGUUGCUGGAGAACCAGCAGAGUAUGUUCUAGAUAAGGGUGUCCUCAGCAGCCCACAAAUAGAGAAGUCCACACCUAAGGAGAUCCCAAAGCCCUCAGCAGUGUCAGAACCAGAGCUAGUCUUGGGGUGGGAGGUGCUGGAGGCUGAUGGUUCUGUGGCAGAGAAGCCAGAGGAGGCCUCUGGCCUUCUACAGAAUAUUGUUGAUGUCUUCUCCAGAGGUUAUGAAACAGUAGCAGCCAUUUUGGGUCCGUCUGGUUCACCUCCAACAGAAGAUGUAGACAGUGGUGUUGUGGAUCCAGAGGACAGUGCAGUCCCAUCAGAGAGCUCCUCUGAUCCUGUCCCAGAUAUAUCUAUCCUUGUUCAGGAAGCAGUGUCUGGAGAGGCACCGCAUGUUGAGGGUGAAACCAAUCCAACUAUAGAGCUCCCAACCACACCUGAGCCACCCUUGUUGACGGUGGAAGACAAGCAAUCCAACUCUCCAUCGGCAGUGAGACAAGACAGUGAGGAUGGGUUCAUUGGAGUCGAAGGCCCAAGCAGUAUGAGAAAAUGGCCGCCGUUGACGGAGGCUGACCUUACUGAGAUCUCCAGAGGAGAGUUUGUGGUAACUGGGGAAGAAGAGGUUACCCUUGACUCAUGGGCACAAAUAGGGGAGAAGUCAACAUUCAAAGUGCAGGAUGAUGUUGAAGUUUUUUCAGCAAGGUCACCUAUCAAGACAGAAUUAUCACCUUCAUCACACCUGGACAAGGGCCCCCAACACACAAUCACAGAAGAAGCCUCCGGCCCUACCUCACAACCUACUGCAGACAAGUUGCUGGUAGAGGACAAGUCUGAAGAAUAUAUAGUACCCAUACCAGAUAAACCCUCUGAUGAUCAGACUGUCACCCCAGUCACCUCAGUUGAAACACAAUCAGAAGUUGACCCCUCUCAGAGAGGCAGAAAGAAAAAAAGAUCCCUUCCACGAGAGUCUCAACAAAAAGCAGAUGGCCAAGGAAGUGUGGCUACCCAGGAUGUCGCUGCACAGGUAACGACUAAACUGGUCGCUCCUCAUCGUGUGAAGAAAAAAGAGGGAAGUCUUCUUCCAGAAACUCAACAGGAAGCUGAUGAUCAAGGGAUUGUAUUUAAUGUAGUCCCUUCACAGCAUCUAAGGAGAAAAGACAGCCUCAGUCCAGAGCGCAAACAAAAAUCGGAGAAUGUGUCUGCACAGAAGCCCAUUGAUGUAGUCACUUCCUGCUGUCCGAAGAGAAAAGACAGUAAUCUUCUAACAGAACCUCUAGAGAAAGCUGAUGAUCAGAAGGGUUUCGCUGCCCAGGCAGCUCCUCAGGUGGUCCCAUCACGGCCUGGCAGUAAAAGAGACCGUAGUCUUUCAACAGAGCCCCAACAGAAAGCUGAGGCCCCUGUCCAGGCGCACACAGAAGUGGUCCCUCCUUGCCGUACUAAGAAAAGAGACCGUAGUCUUCCAGCAGAGUCUCCACACCGACCUUUGAGGAGAAAGGAAAGCUUCACUAAAGACACAUCAACACAGGCAACUAGCCUGGUCCCACCUCCGCGCCCAAGGAGAACCUCUAGAGCCUCCAGUGCAGAACCUUCAGAGAAACUUGGCCAGGGAGCCACUGAACUGAUUCUACCACAGCCAACUCAGAAGGCUGAUGAGCCAGAGAAUUUGAUUGCCCAGGCGUUCACCAAGCUGAUUCCACCUCAGCGCACAAGGAAAGCAUCUUUCUCUACCGAACAUCGACAGAAAGCUGACGAUUUAGAGAGUGCUACUGGUCAGGUCACAACUGUCCCCCUAACACCAGAUCAUGUACCGACAGAGUCGUACACAGACUUUGGUGUGAGAGAGACUGCCCCCCUCUUGAUCAUCAGAAAAAUAGCCCCGCCAAGGCGCAGCAAGAAAACAAAUUCUCCCCCAGUGGAAUCAGGCAAAGCAGAAGAUGUGGUUGUAGAGGCCCUGAAUGCUGCCAACCAGGGGUCUGCAGCACCAUCCCAGAUAGAGGAUCUGAUGAUAGACUCGAUUGAAAAGGUUGAGACUGAGAUGCAGUCUCAGAAAGUUACAGAAAUGGCCACUGAGCCAGUUGAAGAAAAGCCACACUUUGAAGGGGUUGCCGUGAAUUUGACAGUAAUUUAUAGGCCUCUCAUUGACAAUGCAGCUCAGAAGGUAUCGACAGAGGACACUGCGCCAGAAGUAAAGACUGAGGACAAGCAGGAGUACUUACCAGUCCCAAAGCCUCGUGGGAAACGAGACUCGACCCCACCUGUCCAUUUAGAUGCUACCAGACCAAAGACCUGGCAUGCCUCUAGUGGGGAUGACAACGAUUCUGCCAGAGAGAGAGGACGUUCACUUGCAGCCUCAGCCUCUGUGCUGGAACCACCUCGACGCAGCAAGAGGAGCAGUAGUCUUCCUCCCGUACCCCCUGGGUGCCAGCCUGCAGCAUCUGGUGAAGUGGUGGUUGCUCCUCUGCGUAGGAGGAGGAGUAGACUAAACAUAGAACAAUCAAGCGUGCCUGUUCCAGUUCCCCGCUCGAAAAAACGCCUGAGUUCCUCUUUUUCCGAUGGAACUCCUUCAAUGGACUCCUCAUUCACUAGGCAGACAGAUUCCCUUGAGGACUCGUUGUCUCUCUCUCAGGAAGACAAACAAGUCACCAGUCAGGAAGCCACAGAGGGUUCAAUAUCAUUAACCUCAAGCAUGGUCUCCGAAGGGAGCUUUGUCACAAUUCUUCACUCAGAGGAGAUAUCACCAGAAGUUAUUGUCUGUGAAAAGGGACUGGAGGAGAGUGGGGAGAGCUGGACCUUCACAGAUACCGCUAUGGUCACUGUGGCUUUCACAGAUACUGUAAGUGAGGACAUUGAGAGGGGUUCAGAGGCAGAAACUGUCUUUGAGAAGGGACUGGAGGAGAGCAUGGAGAGCUUGACCUUUACAGAUACUGCCAUUGCCACUGAGUCCUUCACAGAAACCCCUAAGUUCUUCGCCGACACUGUUAGUGAGGACAUUGAGAGGGGAUCAGAGGCAGAAGUUCUUGACCAGACCUCUCCAACCACUGCUACACCAGCUGAGGACGACUGGUUACAUGUUAAGGGAGCCAAAGAGACCGAGAAGAUGGAGAUAGAGAGAGAAUACAUGGGGGUUGAAGAGGUGGACUUUGGCUUUGAGUCAGUAGACGUAGCUGCCGGUGGCUUAGAUGAAGAGAGGCAGCAGGAGGCAGCAGAGGAGCCAACAACGCCUGAACGCAGACCUGCAAACUCUCAGGAAAUGGGUCAAGACAGUGCUGCUUCUCCAGAAGGCCUCAUGGCCAGUCCUGGCCUGGUCACUUCCAGCCAGUCACUACUGGAGUGGUGUCAGGAGGCCACCAAAGAACACAAGGGGGUCAAGAUCACUAACUUCAGCACAUCCUGGAGGAACGGCCUGGCCUUCUGUGCCCUUCUACACCACUUCCACCCGGACAGGAUAAACUUUGAGAUGCUGGACCCUUAUGACAUCAAGCGCAACAACAAGAAGGCUUUCGACGGCUUUGCUAAGCUGGGCAUUUCUCGGCUGAUGGAGCCCUCAGACAUGGCCCUCCUGGCCGUACCUGACCGCCUCAUUGUCAUGACCUACCUCAACCAGAUCCGCACCUACUUCUUGGGCCAGGAGCUGAGCGUGCUGCACAUAGAGGCGGACAGCAGCGAGUCCAGCUACGGUGUGGCCGGGGAGAGCAGGGAGGGCCCCGACCCGGAGGCCGCUGCACGCUACUGUCAACGGAUCCAAGAUGAGACCCUCACAAUGAACACCAAUGGGGGCGCUGCAGAGAAGGAGGCGUAUAGUGAAACUAAGGGGGGCACCAAUGGGGACGUGGUCCCGCCCCCUAGAACCAAACGGCUACAAGCUGCAGGGGCAGGAGGAGGGGCCCAGGCCCCCGUCGCACCCCCCAGGACACACUUCUUAUCUGCCAAGUCUGGGUUCUCCCAGCUAAAGGAUGCAGAUCUGGUUAAGAAGCGGCGGUCGCAACGCAGGUCAAUAGACGAGGCAGACACACCCGAGGUUGCUACAGGUCAGGAAGAGGGUGGAGCUACCAGAAGGAAAUCAGAAACAGAAUGGGAAGCUGGUGAAGAAGGACGAUCGGCUGAGGAGGGGUGCCAGGACGCCAGCCAGUAUGCACUGAGUGAGAUGAAGGCCCUGGAGACGGAACAGAAGCACAUUGACAGCAGGGCAGACAUAGUGGAAAGGAGACUACGCCGACUGAUGGAGUCAGGUAGUGACAAGAUGCAGGAGGAGAAGCUGAUUCAGGAGUGGUUCACUCUGGUCAACAAGAAGAACGCCCUCAUCAGGAGACAAGACCAACUACAGCUACUACAAGAAGAGCAGAACCUUGAAACGAGGUUUGAGAUGCUGAACCGAGAACUGAGAGACAUGAUGGCUAUUGAAGAGUGGCAGAAGACAGCGGCCCAUAAGCACAGGGAGCAGCUGCUACUGCAGGAGCUGGUGUCUCUGGUCAACCUGAGGGAUGAGCUGGUCCAUGACAUGGAUGCCAAGGAGAAAGGGGCUCUGGAGGAGGAUGAGAGGCUGGAGAGAGGCCUGGAGCAGAGACGCAGGAAGUACAGCAAGAAGAGCAAGGAGGAGAAGUGUGUGCUGCAGUGAGGCCUGGCGCUGGACACACCUGAACCAGGCAGCCCUGUGGAAGGUCACCUGGGUGCACUUUGGGACUGAUGCCGUAUGUGUGUGGCUCCUGACAUCAACACUGCAUGGAAGAGAUUGAGAACAGUGUUAUGUGACUGCACUAAGAGGACGGAAAACGAUGUUCGCCCCUCCCACCACACCCCUCCAUGAUAUGACUGAGCCUCAAUCCAACCUAUGACCGGUUAUGAUCAGUCGCUUUGCUCUUCAGAUUGUGUUUGGAUUGGAUUGAAGUGUUUUUCUUGACACAUAUUUUUCUAUAUGGAUGCAGAGUUUGUGUGUACCUGUGUUUGUGCGUGCGAAUGUGUGCGCUGAUGCGUGUCUUUGUGAGUGCAAUCUAUGACUGUAUGGCGUUAUUUUGUGUGUUAACGUCGGGUCACAAAGACAUAUCCCUAUCUAACCUAUCACCAGAUAGUUGCCUUACUGUAGAAUCUGUUACAGGAGUGUAUGGUUUCAUGGGUUACGUAUAAAAGGUGUUUUCCACUGAAUGGCAUAUUAUGGACGGGACAGGGCUCCAGUUACCAUGUAUAACAAAGACCAACUUUAGGCCCAUGCAGCAGGUGGAUUGAUUCACCCGUCUUCACCUACAGUUACAUGAAACUGACAGGAGCGGUCUGUGAUUUAUUGCCAAUUACAAUGGAGAGAUGGACGGGAAGUACUCAACUUGUGCCAAAGAAAUAUUGCAAAAAAAAAGGGAUCUUUCUUAUUUCUUGCAGUGUGUUGGCUUGCCCCCUGCAGACGGCACGCAGCAAACAUCUGUUGUCUCGAUUGUUUAUUGAUGCGGAUGUCGAGGAAAGAAGAAAACUGACAUUGUCGACAAGGUCUUGGUAUGGAAGAUGUUAAAUGUUGACUUGCAGGGCUCCAACGCUCAACCAGAGAGGGAGAUUGUGGGGAGGAAAGGGGAAAGAACUGUGGAGUCUAUACGGUAGCAAGUUUCGUACCUUAAAGCUCGGUGUCUGAAUGAACAAAACCGUUUUAACUUAUCCAAAAUAAUUUAUGGUUUUAUUUAUUGAAUAGGUAUUCAACAGAUAAUCUUACAGAUCCAGCCUUUUGACCAGACCCAUAUUUUUUUUUUUAAUGACUGGAUGUAGGAACUUUGUUUCAGGUCUGGAUAUGUUUAUGCAGUGAGUUUGAGUUCAGUUACUGUUUUGUGACAUUAGCCUUGUAAUGUCUUGUUUUCCAUUGAUUUUGUUUUGUUGUUUUAUUAAUUCAGUGAAUUGACACAGAAGCUGUGGAGUCUGAAAAGGAAAGGAUCUAAAAUACUAGAGAACAGCAAUAUUCAGAACAGAAAACAUCAGGCAAAUGCAUGCUUUGUAGUAUUACUAUAUAUAGUUUUAUGCACGUGGUUAUGACAGAGGAUAAAAGUGUAUGCAGUAAACAAUUAACCCUAACACGGUCUAAAAAAAAAUACACUUAGGAAAAUAUUCUAAGAUUAAAACACCAGCACUUCCUUACUGCAGUAUUACUAUCAUUUGGCCAAGAUUGGACCAGAGGUUGAUAUUAGCUUGACCUCUGCGGAGCAACACACCAGAGUAAAAACUAGACUCUGUCCUGAGUGAUUUUGGGAUGCCAUUUGACUGAGAGUGAAAAAGAAUUGACGGUGAAGUGUUUGAACUUGUGUUCCAGUCUGUGCCUCCUCUGCCACCCUGUUGUUAGUUACUGUGGUAAUGUUUACUAUUCCCUGUGUGAGUUUGAGAAAUGUGCUUUUGAGUUUUCUGAAAUAGCUUUUUGGGGAAGUGUUUUUGUUUGUUUUAAUGUUACGUACAUUUGCACUAUUUGUAAUGUUUGGAAAAUAAAAGCUAUUUUGGAUGA